UAAUGUUUGUUAUAUUUUACAGAGCAGGGGAUUUAAGGGUGAUCAGACCAUUUGUCUAUGUCAGAGAGAAGGAUUUGAGAAUGUUUGCUGAAAAUAACAAACUUCCUGUUAUUGCCGAGAACUGUCCAGCAUGUUUCGAGGCACCAAAAGAACGUCACAGAAUACAACAGCUUCUUGCAUCGCAGGAAAUCAUGUUUCCACGGAUAUUUUCUAGUUUAAUGGCAGCAAUUAAACCAAUCAUGGCAAUCAACAAAACCCAGAUGAAAGUGAUAGACUUCUUUCAACUGGAUAAAAAUAAUUCUGACGACGAUUUCGAUAUUUAAUAUUUUGUGCUAAAAAGUAUUGUAUUAAUGCGGAAAUAAAAACCAAAUACAUCAAAGCAAAAAAUAUUUUUUAAUGAAAUUUAUGGUUUAAGAAUUAAAAACAGAUGUGCACUUUAUUCCUGUUUAAGACUUUUAACAUCAAUUAUAUAGGUCAGCAAUAAUGACAUGUACUUUAAAAAUUAAUUCAUUGAUACUUAGAUAAUAUCAUAAUAUUGCUUGUAUUUGAAAUCAAACUUAUUUAUCAAAUGCUUAUUUUAUGCUUAAAAAUUGUUUUACAAAGUUCAGCAAACAGAGUUUCUUGGAAAUUUUAAAUCCUCAAUAUUUGUGUGGUUCUUAUGAUAAUGCUGCUUAACCAACCCCUUGUGUUUCAAAUUUAUUAAGUCAGUAUAUUGCCAUCACUUUGUACAAGAAAAAAAGUCACUGAAAUUACUACGAGCUUAUAAAUAUACAUUUUCUUGGACUUGCAUGUUUCAAGUCUAUAUGUAAUAAGCUAAUAACAAUUGUGUUAUCAAUGUAAUAACUGUUUCCACUGUACAAAGUGAUUUAUGAAUAUCUUUGUUAUAUAAGAAUAUUUCCUUGUUAUUUUUUACAUCACUUCUUGUAUGUAUAUUCUUUAUUUAAGAAAGUAUGUUAUGAAAUGAGCCAUGUCAGGACAAAACCAAGAUAAUGGGUUUGCGACCAGCAUGGAUCCAGACCAGCCUGCGCAUCCAUGCAGUCUGAUCAGGAUCCAUGCUGUUCGCUUACAAACUCUAUAACAAGUAGAGAAACUGAUAGCGAACAGCAUGGAUCCUG